GUAUCGUAGAUUAAGACUGGAGGAGCAGCAACCAGAGGCACGGUCGAGCCGUUAACCCUGACAGGGAAGAUCACGCCUCCGUAAGAGCUGAUAAGGCAUGUGAUCACCUAACCUCAGGUGACAGUUCUGAGGAAGGCAGAAGAUAAACGGCCAAAGUGGUCCGACAAGUUUUCUCUCGUGUGAUCACUGGACUGAACACAGAUCCACAUCAGACGUCCUCCAGGAAACAUGAAGGAGAUUUUCCACUCAAACUGAGAGACGAGGACAGAGCAGAGUCUCCAGAACCCAACAGUCUGUCUGUGAAGAGUAAGAAGUAACGAUGGGAUCCUCACAGACAAAAAUGACUGAAGUCCAGCAGAUGAGUGGUUGUGUGGAGGAAGACGAGGACAGAGCAGAGUCUCCAGGACCCAGCGGUCUGUCUGUGAAGAGUGACCAGUCUAUGAGCCCACCUUUAAAGUUCAGUCAUGAACCUGGAGCCUCAGAGACAAAAGACCAGUUUGCUGUUUCUGUGGACGAGCAGACGUCCCGCUGUCCUCUGUGUCAGGACGUCCUGAAGGAUCCAGUCUCCACCAGCUGUGGUCACCGGUUCUGCAGACGCUGCAUCUCCUCAUACUGGGACCAGUCUGGUCCACCAGGAGACUCCUGCUGUCCCCAGUGUGGACAAAGACCCAGGACAGGACGUGGACCACAGAGCAUCUUUGCAGAUGUUGGUCUGCAGAAGGUUCUAGAUGAACAUAAGAUCAGUCUGAGGAGCAGAUUUGAACAUGUGACUGAAGGAACUGAAGGAACAGGAAGUAGAACCCUCCUGAACAGGAUCUUCACUGAGCUCUACAUCACAGAGGGACAGAGUGAAGAGGUUAAUACUCAACAUGAGGUGAUGCAGCUGGAGACGACCUCCAAGAAGAAGACGGUCCAGGACACUCCCAUCAAGUGCUGCGACAUCUUUAAAGCCUUACCUGACCAGCAGGGGAGCAUCAGAGUCGUCCUGACCAACGGCGUCGCUGGUGUUGGAAAAACCUUCUCGGUGCAGAAGUUCACUCUGGACUGGGCCGAGGGUUUGGAAAACCAGGAUGUGAAUCUGCUGAUUGUGCUCUCGUUCAGGGAGCUGAACCUGAUCAGAGAUCAGCAGCACAGUCUUCUCACGCUGCUCCAUGUUUUCCAUCCAACAUUAGAGAAGGUCAGAGCAGAGGAGCUCGCUGUCUGUAAACCUUUGUUCAUCUUUGACGGCCUGGAUGAAAGCAGACUCUCACUGGACUUCAGCAGCAAGACGCUGGUUUCUGACGUCACACACAGGUCAUCAGUCAACGUGCUGCUGACCAACCUCAUCCAUGGGAAUCUGCUUCCCUCGGCUCUCGUCUGGAUAACUUCUCGACCUGCGGCGGCCAAUCAGAUCCCUCCUACAUGUGUUGCCAGGGUAACAGAAGUACGAGGCUUCACUGACGACCAGAAGGACGAGUACUUCAGGAAGAGAUCCAGAACUGAAGAUCUGUCCAGCAGAAUCAUCUCACACAUCAAGACAUCCAGGAGCCUCCACAUCAUGUGUCAAGUCCCAGUCUUCUGCUGGAUCAGUGCUACAGUUCUGGAGCACAUGUUGACCACAGAGCAGAGAGGAGAGCUGCCCAAGACCCUGACAGACCUGUACUCACACUUCCUGCUGGUUCAGACCAAGAGGAAGAAGAACAAGUACGAUAAAGGACAUGAGACGAGUCCACGGGAGCUGAGGAAGGCCGACAGGGACUUUCUUCUGAAGCUGGGGAGGCUGGCCUUUGAACAUCUGCAGAAAGGAGACAUCAUGUUCUACCAAGAAGACCUGGAGCGGUGUGGUCUUAGUGUGACAGAGGCCUCGGUGUACUCAGGAGUUUGUACAGAGAUCUUCAGAAGAGAGAGCGUGAUCUUCCAGAAAUCAGUCUACUGCGUUGUUCAUCUGAGCGUUCAGGAGUUUCUGGCUGCAGUCUACAUGUUCCACUGUUUCACCAACAGGAAGACAGAGGUACUGCAGGACUUCUUCAGAAAAAAAGUUGGUGAUGAUGAUGAUGGUGAAGAUGAUGAUGAUGGUGAUGACGAUGAAGAUGAUGAUGAUGGUGAUGACGAUGAAGAUGAUGAUGAUGAUGGUGAUGAUGAUGAUGAUGAUGGUGGUUACACUUCUCUGGAUGUGUUCCUGAAAGCAGCCAUGGAGAAAUCCCUUCAAAGUGAAAAUGGUCACCUGGACCUGUUUGUUCGCUUCCUUCAUGGACUCUGUCUGAAGUCCAACCACAGACUCUUAGGAGGUCUGCUGGGUCAGACUCAGAACAGUCCAAAAAUCAUCCAGAGGGUCAUCAAGAACCUGAAGGAGAUGAACACAGAGAACAUCUCACCUGACAGAAGCAUCAACAUCUUCCACUGUCUGACAGAGAUGAACGAGCAAUCAGUGCAUCAGGAGAUUCAAGAGUUCAUGAAGUCAAAGAACAGAAAACAGAAACUCUCUGAGAUCCACUGCUCAGCUCUGGCCUACAUGCUGCAGAUGUCUGAGGAGGUUCUGGAUGAGUUGGACCUGGACAAGUACAACACAUCAUACCAGGGGAGACAGAGACUGAUUCCAGCUGUGAGGAACUGCAGGAAGGCUCGGUUGAGUGGCUGCAGUUUGACAGAGAUCAGCUGUUCUUCUCUGGCCUCAGUUCUGAAGUCCAACCCCUCACACCUGAGAGACCUGGACCUGAGCUGGAACCAGCUGCAGGAUUCAGGAGUGAAGCUGCUGUGUUCUGGACUGGAGAGUCCACAUUGUAGACUGGAGACUCUGUGGUUGGAGGGCUGCAGAUUGACAGAGAUCAGCUGUUCUUCUCUGGUCUCAGCUCUGAAGUCCAACCCCUCACACCUGAGAGACCUGGACCUGAGUAUGAACCAGCUGGAGGAUUCAGGAGUGAAGCUGCUGUGUUCUGGACUGGAGAGUCCACAUUGUAGACUGGAGACUCUGAGGUUGUGGGGCUGCAGUUUGACAGAGAUCAGCUGUUCUUCUCUGGUCUCAGCUCUGAAGUCCAACCCCUCACACCUGAGAGACCUGGACCUGAGUGUGAACCAGCUGCAGGAUUCAGGAGUGAAGCCUCUGUGUGAUCUUCAGAAGAGUCCAGACUACAGACUGGAGACUCUGGAGUUGUGGCGCUGCAGUUUGACAGAGAUCAGCUGUUCUUCUCUGGUCUCAGCUCUGAAGUCCAACCCCUCACACCUGAGAGACCUGAACCUGAGUCAGAACCAGCUGCAGGAUUCAGGAGUGAAGCUGCUGUGUUCUGGACUGGAGAGUCCACAUUGUAGACUGGAGACUCUGAAGUUGAGUCGCUGCAGUUUGACAAAGAUCAUCUGUUCUUCUCUGGUCUCAGCUCUGAAGUCCAACCCCUCACACCUGAGAAAACUGGACCUGAGUCGGAACGAGCUGCAGGAUUCAGGAGUGAAGCUGCUGUGUUCUGGACUGGAGAGUCCACAUUGUAGACUGGAGACUCUGGGGUUGAGGGGCUGCAGUUUGACAGAGAUCAGCUGUUCUUCUCUGGUCUCAGCUCUGAAGUCCAACUCCUCACACCUGAGAAAACUGAACCUGAGUCGGAACCAGCUGCAGGAUUCAGGAGUGAAGCUGCUGUGUUCUGGACUGGAGAGUCCACAUUGUAGACUGGAGACUCUGGGGUUGUGUCGCUGCAGUUUGACAGAGAUCAGCUGUUCUUCUCUGGUCUCAGCUCUGAAGUCCAACCCCUCACACCUGAGAGACCUGGACCUGAGCUGGAACCAGCUGCAGGAUUCAGCAGUGAAGCCUCUGUGUGAUCUUCAGAAGAGUCCAGACUACAGACUGGAGACUCUGUGGUUGUGGGACUGCAGUUUGACAGAGAUCAGCUGUUCUUCUCUGGUCUCAGCUCUGAAGUCCAACCCCUCACACCUGAGAGACCUGGACCUGAGUGUGAACCAGCUGCAGGAUUCAGCAGUGAAGCCUCUGUGUGAUCUUCAGGAGAGUCCAGACUACAGACUGGAGACUCUGAGGUGAGUAGAGUGUUGUUCUAAUCACAGUCAGACAAACAUCAGUGUUUCCUCAGUGAAGCUGUGACAGCACAAUAGUGACAGACUUCAUGAUUGGACACAAAGACACAGAGAGACAACAGACGAGCCACGAGCUGCUGCUACUCACAGACUAGAGCUGAGCGCCUCACAUGAUGAGCGUCCAUCAGCUGUUUGUAGUUUGACUUCAUCACAGAUUAUAGAUCCACUGUAUCAUACACUGUAAAAACAGCAGCACAUCUUGUUUGGUUAGAAAACGUCAAAGUAGCCACUUUCAGACUGGAACGUCAUUUUCCUUCAAACUCUGACAAAAGCAUGAAGAAAUGAGCAAAAUAUCAAGAAAUGAUCUUCAUCACAAGCAAAGAAAUGAAAGUGAGUCUUCUCUGACUUUAAGAAUUGACACCUUGGCAAGGGAGAACCCAAAAGCACGACAACGAGGCAGGAAAACGCAGAUUACUAAGUCCAAAAGCAGGAAAUCAGUCACAAACAGGCAAACACAUCAGAACAAGAAGACUAACUAGAAAUGCUGGAGCAAAAAACCAACACAAGACCAUCUGAAAAUGGGCUGCUAUAUAAUCACUGAGGGACUAAUGAGCCAAUGGAAAACCAGGUGAGGGAAAUGAGUUGAUUGCAUGGAAGAAAGAUGACAGGAGAACUAGUGACAAGACAUGGAAACAAAUGAAAAAGACAUGAAACAAACUAAGAGUUAGUGUAAGUACGUAAGUACAGAGAGAGUGAAUUUGACCUUUGUGUUUUAAACACAGCAGUAGUGAAGCAGGAGCAGCAGGGAUUUCAUUCAAACUGUUGUUUGUUACUGUUUAUUAAAGCUUACAUGAAGUUGUCAUUCUCUUCUUUUAAGACAAUGUUAGAGUUAGUUUUCUUCACUUUUUCUGUCAAAAAUGAGGACAAUUUCCCAGAAAGUAGACUUCAUUGACCUUUUUUUAAAAGUCUUCCACAAACACCUUCAAGUGUAAACCACAUAAAACCACGAGAAAGUCAUUUACAUUCACAUUAUAUCAAAUAACAUGAAGAGGCUGCAGACACAGACAUGAUAGUGACUCUGCUGUAAACAUGAACACUGGAGGGACAAAGCCCGCCCCUUUCUGUUGGACCUCAGGUUAAAGCUCCGCCUCCAAGACUCCUCCAAGACAUGAGUCAAAAUCAAAGUUCUCUCUGGUUUAAGGUUUAUAGACAAAUUCUGCAUGAACAGAAUAUAAACACAACUUUUUCCUGAAGAAAUAUGCAAAUGAGUGACUUGAGUAUCGUCACCAUGUGUGUGUGUGUGUGUGUGUGUGUGUGUGUGAGGCAACAUGAAACA